AUGGUAAUAGCCUCGACCAGCUUCAGGCUGGUCACAGGGUUGUCGUCAGCGUUGUCUCUGCUGAGCUUCGUUGCUCCCUGCCGCUUCGUUGUGGACCCAGCGGUGGUCGGGAGCGUGUCGACGCCAGUUUCGGCCGCGUACGUCAUGGCCAACAACUACGCCGGCAACUCUACCCUCCUGGAAAUCCCUACGCCUUUCUUGAAUUGGGAGCAGGCGACUCUGAAGUGCAACGAACUCAACAUGGGGCUCGUCUCGUAUCCGCUGACCAACAGGGACCGUGCCAUUUUGACGAUCAGGAAACUGGAAUGGUUCUACGUGGACCUGAAACGGCAGACUGACGGCACCUACGCUUCAAGCAACCAAGCCAUGGUCCUGCCCAGCAACUAUGGAUUCCAGUGGUACCCUGGCAACCCAGGCAUGGGAAACGAAGUGUGUAUGGGAAUGGGAGGCACUCCGUUG